AUGGUUAUCGACGUCGAACAUGUGGAAAAUUCCUUCAGUUGGGAAACAUUUAAAGAUGGGAUACCAUACUUGGGAACUUACAAAAAUGAGAUGCCAGGUAUUUAAUAGCGGUAUUAAUAAAUUAUAGAACGUUGCCCGGGCGAAUUUUCAUCACCGACAAAGCGAAUGCCUAAAGUGGUCAGAUAUGGUUUAAUAAUGCAAAUGGCAUUAUACUGUAGACUAAAUUUUGACUGGAUCUAAACAAGUCUAGACAAAAAUUUCAUCACAGCUUGAAAGAGCAUCACAAAAUUAGUAAUAUUCCAAAGUUUCGUUGCGAAAUGUUGUAAAAUGCGGAUAAUAUAGACUUGCGAAGUUUGCCGUUUUUCAGUCAUUUUGCAUUACGGGGGGGAAAUUGACAGCCCAAUACCCUUUGGGGCUUUCAAUUUCCCGUUUGUAAUACAAAAUGACUGAAAAACGGCAAACUUCGCAAGGCUAUAUUAUCCGCAUUUUACAACAUUUCGCAACGAAACUUUGGAAUAUUACUAAUUUUGUGAUGCUCUUUCAAGCUGUGAUGAAAUUUUUGUUUAGAUCAAAAUUUAGUCUAUAAUGCAAAUGGUUCAUUGACAAAUACCUAUGUGACAUAAUAGAGAGUUUUAGAUUCACGUUUACGGCAAACGUCAAACCGCUAACGAAGUUUUUGAUUUUACAAGUCUAUUAUAACAGCUUUUACACCAGUUUUGAAAUAUAAACCAUUAUUAAACUUGUGCUCUUUGGCAAUGAUUUAAAAGAAAGCAAAUUAACCACUAGUCACGUAUUCGCAAAAGCAGUAAAUUAUGAUUUGGCGUUUGAAGUUUACGUUUGGCGUAUAAAUUUCAUGCUUUAACGACUAUACAAGCCCUCACAGCAGUUCAAGCAUGAAAUUUAUACGCCAAACGUAAACUUCAAACGCCAAAUCAUAAUUUACUGCUUUCGCGAAUACGUGACUAGUGGUUAAUUUGCUUUCUUAUAAAUCAUUGCUAAAGAGCACAAGUUUAAUAAUUGUUUAUAUUUCAAAACUGGUGUAAAAGCUGUUAUAAUAGACUUGUAAAAUCAAAAACUUCGUUAGCGGUUUGACGUUUGCCGUAAACGUGAAUCUAAAACUCUCUUAUAAUGCUAUAUUUCUUUGCAUUUCUGCACCUCCGCAUGUUAAUUAUGAAAUUAAACAGGACGAUAUCGAUAUGUCUUGCUUGAUUUAAGCUAACGACUUUGGAGGUUCAUAUCUUCGAUUCAGUGUAUCCAACAAGGCAAAAAUACCACCAUCCCUCGUAUGUUAUGAAAUUACAAUUUCCUCGAUAAAAAAAUUAAGUCUUGUUGGGAUCGCUAUCCAAAACACUAUUUAUUAGGUGGUGUUUAUGCCUUAGUCAAAUCCAAGCGUGCCCAUCCCUCCCCCCGGGCCAGCCCCCAGGCUUUUGAGAAUUUUCUAAAAUAUGCGACAAAUUCCCGGGGGCGCGGAUAAAAAACAUGUGAAAAUGCCCCGCAGCGCACAGGGGCAAAAAAAUCAGUAGCAAAUCCCCCACCCCGGGGACAGCUGGACUGUUUGGCUAAGAAGAGUAGGUUAUCUGACUACCUGAAAAAAAAGAGAAUACUUUCUUCGAUAUUUCGAGCGAAUGCCCUCUGUUAAUAUAUCAAGUAUUGUGUGUCAUACUCUAGCGCAUUUUGCUGUUGUCAUGCUGUAGUGCAUUUAUUUUUAAAGUUUGCGGCGUGGUUCAAAUUUAUGCGUUUUUAAACUACAACUUGACUGGUUUAUAUUUUAUUAAAUGUUCUGAAACUGGUAUUGUUUUGUUUUAUACUGUAUUAUUAUCAAGUUAUCAAUGAUCAUAAAACCUCCAAUUCCUUAAUUUCAAAUGGCCCGCCCCAGGGCCGAUGUUUGAGUUCAAAUGCACAACCCCCGGGACGUGCUUUACAGGAAAAUGUCCCGCGGUGGCCCGGGCGGUGAUGGGCACACUUGGAUUUGACUGAUGCAUUAUAUGGAGGUGAGACAGUCCGGUAACCCAAGCUAACUCGCUUUGCCAAGCUCAUUUUAUUUGAUCUUUGAAGAAUAUUUAUUAAGUAAUUAAAUAAUAAUAGUUUGCCCUAAGAGCAACAAUUACUCAUCUUGGGGGCUCACUAUUAACACAACUUGUUACCAAUAAUAAUCAGCAUAUUAUGUAAGUUCAGCUAGUUCAUUAAAUUAUAUUUAGGCAAGCAAUACUAAGGUUCAACAUGGGUAAAUCGACCAGUUUCCUUAAUAAAACUUUGAACAUAACAGAAAAUAUAAGCAUUUUCCUCUACUGAGAUUUGCGAAGAUCCAGAUAGGAAAACACUUAUUAGCUGCGUUUCGGAUCUGUGUUUCAGUGCUAGCUCACUUGAAAAGUUUUCGUUUCUUUCCUUGUGCCCCACAAAGAUUUCACCAUGUUCCUGUUCCCCAAGCUUGCAUGUCCCCUUCGUUCCCCAUGUUUUUUUUCUUCAGAUUUGUUCCUGUCAGGGUGGCCACAGGCCUUGAAAGUCUUGGAAAAGUCCUUGAAAGGGUGGAAACCUUGCUCUGUGCUCCCAUUGCAAAAUGUCUUGUUCCCUUGUCCCCCCCCCAAAAAAAAAACAAAAAAACCAACAAAACAAAACAACAGAGACCUUCUCUUUUAACCAAGUGGAAAUUGUAGAAAAUCUACCAAAAAUCACUGGAGUGUUAAAGAAGGUCCAUUGGGAUAUAACUUUUUUGGCUGCAUGGAAUCUUCAUUGUUUAAGUAGAGCUGUCAAUUAUUUAUAUUAAUUAUAACAUUGGUUAGAAUAGAGAGUUUAAGCUUUGCAUUAUACGUCAAACACCAGGCAAAGAAAAAUUUUACGGUAUCAGGCAAUAAAGAGUAAAUGAACUUGCUGUUUUAAAACUGAAAUAGAUAAUUAAUCUUUCGACGCAAGAAAGAAAAUAUGAAACGGAAACGUUCCACGAAAGUUUCGCCAAGAAAGUUCGAACCUGCCGUUUGCCGUUCCCGGAAACGUGAAGCUUAAACUCCCUAAUAUGUCAUUUGAGUACGCGAUUAUCAAUUCAUAAUAUUUGAUUAUCAAGUCUUGCUGCUCAUCAUCAUGUACAGUACCAAUAGUAGACAAUAUAUAUUAUGCUCUGUGUGCUAAAAUUUAGAGGCAGCCAGAUAUCUCUCAACAGUUAAUUCUUCUAUGAAUUCUGUUUUGGGUUACUUAACAGUUCUUUACCUAGCAAAAUUUCCUCGCCUGCCAGGAUCCCAAAACUGUGAGUUGCCCGACUGUAACCUAUUAUGCUUUAUAACAUACAGUAGCUGUAGGUGGGAUUUCGAUUGUCUAGGUUACCGAGUGACUUGGCUAGCUCACCUACAAAACAGGCUUUAAAUAUGAAGAUAAUUUCCAUAGGUCGAGUUAAGAUGCACACACAGAAAUUAGAAUUGGAAAAUUGGGUGAAGAUUGAUCACACAUAUGCUUCUCAACAACGCGAGAAAGAGAGAUUGUUGGAAACCAAGAAGGACUUGGUGUUUGUCACAAACGAUGAUCCAUCCACUGUCCUUGCAAAACAGGAAUUACUGGAGCUCCUAUGCGAUUAUCUACCAAGUAAUGCUUGACAUGUUCUUUUGAUUCAUUGUUUGUUUAAUAUUUAGUUAAUGUCUAUACAGUACAUCUGGUAAAUAUUGUAAAAUAUUUUAUAAAUAACCUUACCUUACAAUUACCAAACUACUGUAUACCAUAAACUAUACAACACUCUACCAUCUUAUACCCAUGAUAUAUCUCUCCCCUAAUGCAGUGGACUCAGUAGUGCCGAGUUGUGACGGUCGUGUGCGCCGCCCUGGUAAAUGUUCCACGAUCAACCUGAAUCACUGUAUUUUAUACAUCUUACCUGAGCUGAUUUUUCUUUAUGCUAUUGUUAAACUAGAGAGAUAUCCAGACAAGUUCGAAGCACGUGAAAAAGGCGUAUACAACAAAAUGCUUGAUGAAUUUGUUUCAUCAAAUCCUGACGAGUCUGAUGAUCCACUCUUAAAAGCGUCGCGUCUUACCCAGGAGGAUUGGUGCAUAAUGGAAUGGAAGGAAGAACAUCAAGCAUACUGUCUAACUGCAG